UUUUAUUUUGAAAAACAGCGGUGAUGCGUACACGCACAUGCGCGCUCCCUUAACCCAUAAAAAUAAUCUGAGGUGCGCGUUUCGUGCUGAUCUGUUCUGCAAAAACGUCGUCGACUGACUGCAGGCUGCUGCUCGUCAUGGCGCGCGCUGCUUUGGCGCUGCUGCUCGUCGUCCUGCAGCUUCUCUGUGCUGCUGCAGCUGAUCCGGAUCAGGAGACCGGGACUGUGAUCCCCGCUGAAAGUCGCCCGUGUGUGGACUGUCAUGCCUUUGAGUUCAUGCAGAGGGCGCUGCAAGACCUAAAGAAGACGGCGUUCAACCUUGAUGCCAGGACGGAGACAUUGGUGCUGCGGGCCGAGAGGCGGGCCCUGUGUGACUGUUUGCCUGCUAACUCGCUGCGCUGAUGCGCUGCAGCGCUCAAACCUGAGACACUUUGACACAAACCUCCACUCGUGCAACAAGAUUCAUUCCGACUUAUUUGCAC